CUAAGUUUUCUGAUUGGUUUUGCUGUGAAACAAGUAGGUUGACAAAAUAUGGUCCCUACAAAACCAGUAAAAAGAAUCUUCUGUUGUUCCUCAACUACAAAUAAGUGUUUCAUUAUAGUAUUAAAAUGACUUCUAUACAUUUGCCUGACAAAAUGGUAAUUUUUCCAGCUCUGAAUUUUUUACAGAAGAUGGAUCUUUAAAGGAGGUACAUAAAAUAAAUGAAAUGUAUGCUUCUUUACAAGAGGAAUUAAAGAGUAUAUGCAAGAAAGUAGAACACAGUGAGCGAGCAGUAGAGAAACUACUAAAGGACGUAACCAGACUGAAACGGGAAAUUAAAAAAAGAAAACAGGCACAAAUUCAAGCAGCACGAGAGAACAUCGAAAAAGACCCUCAGGAGAACAUUUUUCUUUGUCAAGCUUUACGGACCUUUUUUCCAGAUCAUGAAUUUCUUCAUUCAUGUGUUAUCUCCUUGAAAAAUAGGCAUAUUUCUAAAACUAGCUGUACUGCCAACCACCAACUCAAUGUGAUAGACAACCUGACCUUAAUGGUAGAAUACACUGACAUUCCUGAAGCUAGUCCAGCUAGUGGUGCCCUGCAAAUGAUUAAACGUAAAGCUUUAGAUACCAAUGAUGGAUGGCAAUUCAAGAAGUCACGGCCAUUAGAGAUACAAAACAAACCAUCUAAAACAGAUACUGAUAGUAGUAAUCAAGAAAAAGCAUCCACAACGAGCAGCCCCGAAACAGAUGAAGACAUUGAAAAAAUGAAGGGUUGUGGUGACUAUCCACAGUCUCCUACAUUUUGAUCAUUUUAGGCCAAAAGGACAUUUUUAAUUGGCUGAAGGGUAAAGCCAUUUAUAUUGUUUUUACUAUGUUCAGGUAUUUUGCAGUAAUACAUAAGUUCUAGUACAUUUAUUUUUUAAAGCACUUUAUUUUAAAACCAUAACCUUUUUUUGU